ACUGUUGCUCGAGAUUCCAUCCUGUCAGUGAUUUUACCUCUAUUUCUUCAAGCUGGACUCUUUAAUUUCUUGAUUUUUGGACGCCUUUUGUGAGCAGCCUCACCCCCCUUCCCCUUUUCCCUUUUCUCUCCUUCUCCACACUUCUCUUCCCUUUCUCUCCUUUAUUCUCCCUGUUGACCUUUUGGUCAAAUUUGGAUCACCUGUACACUAAGAUGAGUUGGUUGAGUCGUUUAAAUCCAAGAGGUCCAGGCACUCGGACCGGUCGACAUGCAGCCCCAUCCAGCCCAUGCACUGCCGACCCUGAGACUUGUCUUAUGGUGUUUGAAAAUCACUGGAGACAGGUGUCCGGGGUGUUGAAACUGAGAGAGUCUUCAGUGGGCGGUUAUGCCGAUGAUCUCACUGCAGUUCGCAAUCACACAGAUCAGAUGCUGUGCCUGCUAGCUGAAGAGAGCCCAGCAGGGGGAGACAUUGAAUCACCAGCAAUGGGUCCUAUUCUGGAGAUGGUGGUGGCAGAGAACAUCCUUGAUGAGUUGGUUCAAUGGCAUUUGCGCCGUGGUCUGGAUCCAGACAGCCAACUGGAGCUGUUGAAAUUGUUUGAGAUGCUGAUUGGACAGUCACAUCAGCCCCUGCUCCUGCACAGUGCAGUGCUACAACCGCUCCUAAGCCUGCUGGGAGCAUGUGUGGAUCCCCAGCUGGGCUGCUCUGCUUCCCUGGAGUCCAGCCUUGUACUGCUGCUAAAUCAGGUAUGUGUGUGCAUGGCGAAGGAAACUGCAGUUUUGGAGUUGAUAUUUAGGUGUGGACCGGUACAGCAGGGUUCCACUAACCUGCUGAUCUUCUCCCUGUUGGUGCCAUUUAUUCAUCGAGAUGGUUCUCUGGGGCAGCAGGCCCGUGAUGCGCUGCUGCUCGUCAUGGCAACCUCUGCCAGCAACCACGCUGUUGCACGUCACAUCGCAGAGAACUCCUACUUCUGCCCAGUGCUAGCGACAGGGCUGAGUGGACUGUAUUCAUCCCUGCCACGAAAGAUUGAGGUACGGGGCGACGACUGGCACACUCUGCAGAGGGAGGACUGGAUGGGCGUCUCCUCUCUAGUGCUUUUCAUGAACAGUCUUGAAUUCUGUAAUGCUGUAGUACAGGUGGCACACCCUCUUGUGCGCUGCCAACUGCUUGACUACCUCCACAAUGGCUUCCUGGUUCCAGUCAUGGGCCCUGCCCUGCACAAGUCGUCAGUGGAUGAGAUGAUAGCAAGCACGGCAUAUCUGGACUUGUUUUUACGCAGUAUCACAGAAACUUCCCUUCUUAAGACCUUCCUGCGCUUCAUUCUGUUGCAUCGCCAUGACAACGACACCAUCCUUGAUACACUACUCACACGCAUCAGCAGCAAUUCACGGCUGUGCAUGGUCUCUCUGAGUCUGUUCAAGACAUUGCUCAGUCUCAACUGUGAAGAUCUCAUGCUCCAGCUUGUUCUCAGGUAUCUGUUGCCAUGCACACAUGUAAUGCUGAGUCAGCGAAGGGCAGUCAGAGAAACAGACCUUUAUGGCAAAUCAGCUGACAAGUUCCUUUCCCUCAUACCAGAAUGCUGCCAAAUCACUGCAGCGCCCUCUAGUGAGCGGGAUGAUGAACCUGCCUUUUGGGGAAAGGUGUUAGGUAGUCCCACUUCAGAGUCACCGGUUAACCCAAGACCCAGCACUCCUUCACGUCUCGCUCUCUUUAUUCGACAGCAAAGCUCAGGAGGCCAAGCCAAUCCCCCCUCGUCUGGCUUGGAGAAUGCUCCCUCUUCUCCUCGUGGUACUGUUUCCUCCUCACUGUCUCCUGACAGCCCCAUGCACCAACUCCAAGACGCUUCAGAAGGAGAGACUGGCUACCUGGAGUACCUGCGUGAUGCUCGGAAGGGUAUUGAGCUCUGCUCCUGGGCCUGUCGAGACUGGUCAGCCCCUUACGAUGGAGAAAAUCCCUCUCCAAACUCUGCUCUUCCUCAACCUCCCCCUCCUAUGUCCAACCCCUCCCUCAGUAUGGUACAAGAGCAUUUCUCCAUAAUGGACCCCGCUCAGCAGAGGGCAGCAGUGGUGGCUGCAGCACGUGCAGAGUGGAGCAGUUCAGAUCGAGAUCGUGGAGAGUGGGAUGUUACCAUCAGCAAGAACUGUAUCAGUCUCACACCCCGCAGUAAGAAACGCAGCCUUCUUCCCAGUUCUAUACCUCUCCAGUCUUCUUCUUCCACAUCAGUCUCUACAGAAAUAACAGGUGCUGUGAAAACCGUAUCCCAACACUCUCAUUCGGCACCUCAUCCAGCACUCUAUAAUGGUAUGGGGCAGGUGGAGCUCACAGACAGUGUGGAUGAGAGAAUGGACGUUAAGAAAGUGAAAAGGGACUCUGAUGUAAAUAACAGCGUGGUGGAGUCAGGGAUGAACGGGUCGAUGGGUAUGUGCCCGGUUGACUACAAUGAUUUCCAUGUAGGAUCCUCAAUGAAAUCAUCUCAGGUGCAGGUGAAGCCACAUCUGCAACAUCAAACCGCCGUGCCCUCUUCUACCCAAGAGUGUCUGCAAAGUGAGAGCCAGAGAUCUCCUGUUCCCGCCUUAACCGAGACUUUCACAGUUCCCUGUGAAAGCAGGGGUCCCGAGUCCGUUGAGCGUCUGAUUGAGGAGUUGCUGGAGCGGGCGCCAUCUGAGCCAUUGUCCAGUGACUCGAAAUGCCAGGGAAUCAGCAUUGAGGCUUUUCACCAGGAGCUGAGGGAGCUAGAGGAACGUGUAAGGGAGAGGAGGGUUCUUUUACACAGCUCGGAGGAGUCCUCUCGGGAAUCUCACACUGCUACUGCUCCCAGCCUGACCGAUGAGGACUGUCUUCCAGUGGAGACUGAGCAGCGCGCCAGUGAAACGAAGCCUGACAGCUCCGCCCCUGGGGUGUUAAGCCCCGCACGACCCCUCGGACAACCUCUUGCUCAACCGUACACAGGUCCAUUUAUAACAGUCCUGUUCAGUAAACUGGAGAGUAUGAUGCAGAACUCUCUAUAUGUGAACAUUUUGCUGACGGGUGUUGUGUUCCAGCUGGCCUGUUACCCUCAGCCCCUCCUCCGCUCUUUCCUCCUCAACGCCAACAUGGUGUUUCAGCCCAGUGUUAAAUCACUCAUUCAGGUGCUAGGAUCAGUAAAAAAUCGCAUUGAAGCAUUUGCAGCAGCACACGAGGAUUUCCCUGCCAUGUUAAGAAAGGCUCGCCGCUUUCUGGUUGCAAGAGGAAAGUUAGACUGGUCGGACUCGCCCAUGGGAGUGCCCCACCUCCGUCGUUCAGACUCAUUAAUUAAAAGCCGAAAACCAUCUCUGGGCGAUCUUAUACUGAGGCACACCAACAGUCCUACGAGAGCUCGACAUGCAGCUCAGUUGGCCUUUGCCCAUGUGAGAGACGGAGGGCAGUCUCUGCACAGUGCUUUGUUUCGGGGUGGUGCAGUCAGCGGGGCAUCUGGCCUGGAGAAGCAGGCAGAGGCACUAAGGGUGAAAAACGCAGUCUACUGUUCUGUUAUUUUCUCUGAGUUUCUCAAAGAGCUAGCAGCUCUUGCACAGGAGCAUGCUGUAGCCCUGCCCUUCCCACCUAGUCAAGGCACUGAGGAAUAACACCAGGCCAAAAUUUCCUCCAUACUUGCUUUAUCCACUGUACCUAGCACUGAACUGUAGACCAUUACAUCCCUGAGAUUUUUCAAACAAACAGUCUUUUUUUCAAGGGACAUAAUGCACUCAAAGAAACCGGAAAACAAAGAUGAUCAUAAAGGUAAAGAGAGAGGACAUCUCUUGUUAAUAAUCUCAUGUUCAUAAUGUCUUUUUUAUUAUUAUUAUUAUUGUACAGGACCAUUUAUUCAUUAAGCUUUAGGAAAUUGUGCAUAUAAAUCUUGUAUAUAGUCUAUAUAAAAUAUCUAUGUGUAUAAUGAUUUUUGUACACUCAGAGAGACUUGCAUCCUUUAAGCUGGAGGAAUUUGGCCGUAAACUUGCACUCCCUACGUUUCGAAGUCACUUCAGAGACUAGCUAAUUCAGACUCACCACACAUGUUUCUUUUAAACCUUUAUGGAAGUGCCAUUUUUAUUUUUUAGCAAUGUUGAACGGUUAUUUUCUCUUUUAUAGAAAUAUAGGAUUAAGAGUUCACACCCGGAUAAAUCUGAAAUAAUUAUCUGGCCUUUUUUAAUAAAGGACUAGAUGUCAGAUACUGUUUACCAAUCACAAGCUGGGUAAUAAGUCCUCGUUAUCGCAACAGAAUUUGACAUCUCUGAAAAAUCCACAAGUGACAAAAUGCUCAAGUUCUGCCAAACUCUAGCACAAAUCCAGCACAAAACGUUAGCGCCCGUAAAGAGGGGAGAGGGUUCAUUUUCCUAAACUCCGUCCCAAUAAAAACCUGACAUAUUAAGCAUAGAUGGAAAGUUUUUAUUUUCAUUCUCAUGUGUUGCAGCAGCACAUUUUUUAGGGUGAGUUUCUGGCUGUUUUAGGGAAAUGCAAAUGGUACAUCCAUCUAGCGUCACAUUACACAGUUUUUUUGGGAAAGGCACUGAUUUUUCUGCCCACAAAGAUUUCAUGUACUAGAUGUUAGCGUCCAUUUUGGCGUCUGACUAGGUGCUAAUGUCUUAAAUAUUUGACUGGUAUGUGCAAAGAGAAGCUUGAUUAAUAAUUACCUGUCCCUUUAAGGAGUGAGCCAAGUUAUGUGAAUCAUAAGCCAUCUUAGUGUUGAAUCAGUGUUUUGUUUCUGUUCAUUACUUGAUUUUGCUAGUGUUAUGGAGAAUCAGCCGUGAUGUGUGCAUAGUGGAAACGCCAUGGCACUUUUUAAUUUGUUUAUUGCCAAAAUACUUUAGGCACUUUAAUUUUCAGAAUGGAAGUUGGGACAUGCAUGUGUACCAGAUCUGUGAGUGUUUUUAACAGUGAGUGUGCAUGUUUUUUUUUUUUUCAGUAUUGUUUUUGCCCAUUGUGUCUUAAACACAGUUCUGAUCUGAAAUCAUCCAUGCAAGAGCUUUUAUCAUGCACAAGCCAGAUGCGCAUUACCUCAGUUUACUUAAUUUUCUUUCAUUGCAGUGUUUUUUCUGCUUCACUUGUGUUAGUUCAGUAAUUCAGUUUGAUCAAAUAUGCUUUUUGAUCAGUUUCUUCUAGAUGUAAGAGCAGACAAUUUGAAAGGCGGUUCUAUAUUAUUUUUCUAGCUGCUAAAUUUUCAAUCCAUCCAUUUUCCCCUCCUUAUCUAUCCACCCAUCCACAGAGGGUCUGUGUGGAACAUUAGUUUGAUGCUUCUCUGCUUUUGUUAUUUGAAAUAGGAAAUGUUUAGCAUGUAAAUUCCAUAUUUAAGGAUAAUAGUAGACCAUGUUAGUGUCAAAAAUAGUUUGUGCUUUCCUUGAAACAUGCUCUGAUGACUGUGUGGGUGAGAGAUGAAAUGGAAAGGAUAAAGAGCAAGAGGUU